UUUAGAGGCUGAUCCACGCGUCACACACCAUCACUCGUGUUUGUCUGUGUGUGUUACUACAUGAGGACAGCUGCUACGCACUUGGAGACACGAUGUGACAUUUGGCCACGCGUAAUUUAGCGCAUUUGGAGAGCUGUGCGCACUGUGAAUGCACGGCUUUGCAUGCGAUGUUGUGAUUGUCUGUGCGCCUGUUGGACUGAGUCCAAGGAUGCUGCGGCUUAUUUGGCUGCCGGAGUGCCACCGCGCAACACGGGGCUGCACCCUCCACAUGUGCUGAGCAGGAGAAGCGCGGGUCAGGCGCGUUGUCACACCUUGUGAUCUGAUCGCACUAUGGAUCACUCCCGGGACAUUUGAGCAUCUCCUGCGUGUCCUUCCCAGGCUGCACCAUGGGGAACAGCUUCACUAACCUGGGUGCCUUCCAGUCUUUGCACAUAGUCAUGCUCGGCUUGGACUCUGCGGGGAAAACCACCGUGCUGUACCGGCUCAAAUUCAACGAGUUUGUCAACACGGUGCCCACCAUCGGCUUCAACACAGAGAAGAUCAGGCUGGGAGGUGCAGGGGCCUCUCGGGGCAUCAGCUGCCACUUUUGGGACGUUGGGGGCCAGGAGAAGCUGCGGCCCCUGUGGAAGCCGUACAGCCGCUGCACGGACGGCAUCGUGUACGUGGUGGACUCAGUGGACGCAGAGCGGCUGGAGGAGGCCCGCACCGAACUGCACAAGAUCACGCGUUUCGCAGAGAACCAGGGCACCCCGCUGCUGGUCAUCGCCAACAAGCAGGACCUGCCCCGGGCUCUGGAUGUGGGGGAGAUCGAGAGGCAGCUGGCCCUCUCAGAGCUCCCCCCCUCUACCCCCUACCACGUCCAGCCGUCCUGCGCCAUCAUCGGUGAGGGGCUGGAGGAGGGCAUGGAUAAACUGUACGAGAUGAUCGUGAAGAGGAGGAAGUCUCUGAAGCAGAAGAAGAAGAGGCAGUGAUGGCGUAGAAAUAUAUAGAACUUUACAUUAGUAUAAAUACAGCUCUGGUUAAAAUUAAGGGACCACUGGUUUUGCUAUUAGGAAGGUGUUUUGAGUCAAAUUAAAACAUGUGUUUAUUCUCUCAACAAAUGACAACAUUUCUCCCAAAUUCUCCUUUUUGCUUUAAGGUCUAGUAAAAGUUUUUCAAUUUUAUUUUUCACUUUCUUACUUUAGCUUUUUAUAUUUAUAUAAAUAUUUACAUAUUUUUGAUUAUUUUAUUGCUAAUAUUUUCUAUAAAUCUAUAUAUUAUUAUAUUAUAUUUUGUGGGAAAAUGUUUUACGAUUUAUUUUAAAAAUGUUACAAUUUAGUAAAAAAAGUUUUGCAUAAUUGCAUUGAUUUAUUUAUGCAAAUAAUAUCUUUAAAUGACAAUAUUUUUGGGAAAUGUGGGAGAAAUGUCAAUAGUUUAGAGAAUAAAACCAAAAUGUUAAUUUACCUCGACCUUAAACCUAAAAAAAGGAACACAGUGGUUUCUUAAUCUUUACCACAGCGAUACAUAUAGCAGAUAUAUAGAAAAAAAACACCAUGAAGCAUAAAUAUCAUCAUAGUCUCCAUAUAUGACAGAAAUAUAUUGAUAGUGAUGCUAAAACACAUUGUCACUCUAAUCUCAAUAGGAUAUAUGAUUGUAUAUGAAUGUUAUAGAGGGACAUAAAGAAAGAGAGCUGUCUAAACUCCAUUUACCAACAAUUGAAUUGACAGAAAACAACCAAAUCAGAUAUGAAUGACAAAAACACAGACAAUAUAAUCUUCUUGCCUUGAACAGUGUUAACCUGUAAACCUGUCUGACAGUGUCUCUAUUGAGUCCCUGAUGUAGAAAUAUACAAAUAAGAGUUUUAUUAGGGAUACUUUAUAGAUAAUAUAACAAGACUGUUGUUAAUGUGAUGCUGAGAGAUGGUGUUGCACCAAAGAUGAUUCCCAGAGCAGGCAAACCUCUUCCAUCCAUCCUCCAUUUUUAUUUGUUUCUGUGUGAUUUUGACUGUUUCUCUCAGUCCAUGACAAGCUUUUUAUACUUUACAUGAGCAUUUAACUCUUUGCAAGACAAUUUCUUCCAAGAAAAGUAACAACUAGUUGCAUAAUCUGAAUUUGCUGCAGCAUCAAUUAAUGCAAACUAAUCUCCAGCUGCAGUUUGCUGCCAAAUACUUGCACAGAGCGCAUCCAGCAGCCAUGAACAAAGCUUGAUUUGUUGCAAACGUACAUACAGGGUUAUGAAAACCCAGAUUAACGUAGCUAUUUUUGCAGCAUAUGCUCAUUGUAGGGUGACCGAAAUGUGCAAACAGCCCAAAACAUUCCAUUAGGAGAAACGCACUGCAGCUUCAGAAGAGAUGCAAAUACAAAAAAGUGCCAAAACACAUGAAAAUGAAGACACCAACUUGACGAAACGUGCGCAGUGUUUACUGAGAGCGCUGCAUAAACAAAAAGCUGCAAGAAGCUCAGAACCCUGGGGACACUAAAAAGGGAUGCACACAGCUGGGACCGGAGAGCGUGUCGACUUUUGAGGAUUAUAGUAUAUUUAGCUACAGGUUAGCUACAUUAUCUAGCUAGCUACCAGCAGAUUGGCAAUAAUAUCUGAAGGAAUCACAUUGUUCAAAUCAAACAGUAAAACAUUUUAACAACAACACACAGCUUUAGGAUCUCAGAACGUCACCGAGCGCUCCGGUCCCAGCUGCACUUCUGAGUGCAGGUGUUUCUUUUUUUGUGUUUUAGCACUUUUGUGUAUUUAUAUCUGCAUCGUUUCUGAAACUGCAGCAUGUUCCUCCUAAUGGAAAUGGUUUGGGCUGUUGGCACACGUUUGCACCUGUCGGCCACCGUACAUGUGAGCCAAAUAUGCAGGUGUAAAGACCAGUGCCAUGGCUGGAAAGUGUCUUUUCAUUCUUGUUUAAAUAACCAUUUUAUCUCAUAAUAAGCCUCCAAACAAAUGGACUUCAAAUGCAAACUAUGAUUGUGCAUUGUUAGCGUUUCACAAGGGGGAAAUCACAGUGUAGUCGUGAUUGUAUGCGUCAGAAAGGGCAAAGUGUCUUCCUGUCACGAUGAAACAAACAACAGGCUGGAACCUGUUCUGCUUCUCCCAAAACAUGACUUCUCUUAUUGAAUGAUAUUUAAUCAUAAAGUGGUCUUCCAGUUGAGUUAUAAAAUAGUUAUAAAGUUAAAUGAGUACCUGUAAUUCAGUCCACAACCCCGAUAAUGUAGCAGCUCGCAGAAAAGAUAAAGAAAAUUCACAGAAAAUAUGUCUUGUCUUACUGACAGGACUGUUGAUUUCUCAGAUGGAGUGAUUUCUAAUGCCGUGUUCACGUCAGAAUAAAAAAAGGAAAUGCUGCAGCUUCAUUUUCACAAGAUGAUAUGGAUUUUAAAUGAUAAACUGCAGCAUGUUUUCAGGUUGAUUUGGUCAUUUAAUCUUUAAGAAUGCUGAAAAAAUGCCCUCUUAUAAUAACCACAAGGGGCAAGAUAUUUAUUUCUUUUGAAUAUUAUAUUCCCAACAUGGAUCCGACGUGAACGUAGCAUCUCUGAAGUAAUCGGGCUGUUUUGAACAUUGCAUGACACACAAUGUAAGUUAUACAGUACAGUGUUACAGCCAAUAUACAGCAAGACCAAACAAUGUGCCAAAAAUGGGAAAAAAGUAAAGAUAUUUUUGGGAUUAAAGUCUUUGUAAUUUAA